CCUCAUUCUCUUCACAUAGUUAGGCAUUGCUUCGGACAGUCUUUACUAAUGUUGAACACUUAGGACCCCUUCGUCCACCAUGGCGGCGCCCAGUGGAACUCUAAACUGUGAGGACUUCUCAAUGUUUCAGGAGGCGCUAAAGCUAAUGCGCACUAUUGAUGACCGGAUUGUCCAUGCGCUGAACACCACUGUACCCACAACCUCCUUCAAGGGAAAGGUAGAUGCUACACAGACCUGUAAGGAGCUCUACAAAUCUCUAAUGGAGGCUCACAGCGCCAGGGAUAGAGCCAUAAAGACGUGUAUAGCCCAGACCUCAAGUGUGGUCAGCCAAUUAUGUGAGGAGAGGACCAGAGAUAGUGAAAACAUGUCACUCAUCAAACAACUCAGGAAGGAGCAAACCAAGCUAAAGUUCAUGCAGUCAGAGCUGAAUGUUGAAGAAGUGGUCAAUGAUCGCAGCUUGAAGGUAUUCAACGAGAGGUGCAGAAUCCAUUACACCCCUCCAAAGGUCCAAUGAGAAUGGUCUGGCUGCUUUCGUAUGGUCUACAGCAGCUUCCAUACAGCUGUUUCUUGAUUGGACUGUGGAACCCAACUGUGAUGCUGAACUGAUGGAACAUUGCCUCCCGGACAACCUCUCUUUUCUUACAAACAUACAAAAGGAUUUUAUAACUACGAAGUGCUUAUUAUUUGUUGUCCCUGGAUUGAUGGCCAGGGCAUGGAAGUGCUGUGUGUGUUGAGUGUCCAGCUGAAAACCUGCUCCAGUCUGAGGAUGAGAGCUUCGGGCUUUCACUCUAAGGGGAAAAGAGGGUGGGGCUUUCACUCUCUGAGGGAAGAGAGGGUGUGGCUUUUCUGCUGUGAAGGAAAAAAAAGGGUGGGACUUUCAAUCAGGUAAGUGGGGUGGAUUUUACUGAGGAUAGGGAAGAACAUCUUGUAAUUAUAGUACAUUGAGUAUAAUCCCACAUCACUGCUGGAACCAGGCGUAUGUUGGAUACAUGAAAAGUUGGGCAAUUGAAUUCACUGAAAAAUAAACAUGACAGUUAA